GAGUGAGUUUUUGGCUUAGAAGGUAUCUCUUCAGCAGAAUCCAUAAUGAGGAAAUGAGCAGGGCUUUCAGUCCCGCCCGGAGAACAUGACAUAGAACCGAUCUUCAGCUGGUGAAGGCUGGUCUUGCCUAUUUGAAACCACCUCUUUAUACUGACCAAGAUCUUGCCUCUGGUAUUUAACAGAAACGUGAAGACCCACAAAAAGAUUGUUAUCUUCUUGCCCACUGUCUCAAAAAGUUGAUACCACAUCCAUCAUCCUGAUAUCAAAGCAUCGAAAAUACAUUUUUAAGGAAAUGAACAAUCUAUUGCAAAUAGGGUUGCUAUAGAAAUACAUGGAAAAUUAUGAUCAGUUGUUUAUAUUACUCCGGGAAAUAGCAGCUCAGGAUUUCAGGACAUAUCAAAGGGAUAGCUACAGGAGCUGGAAAAAAUUUGUAUUGUAUGCCCAAAUAGAGAUAUGUAACAAAUUGUCAGGACAACCCAUCUACAAAGUGCUGAUGUGUUUGGAGAUUAGGGUGAUGAAAGCCAACUUGAAGAACAGAGAAAAUGAAUCACAGAGUCCAAAAGGUGGUUUAGACAGGGAUGAUUUUCAAAAAGAUUCGGGAGAUGAGCACUAUACCUCUCCUAUUUUGGAAAUGGAUUGUUCCCCCGAAUAAUCAGUUCUAUCAGAAUUCUGAUCUUUCUCUUUGAAGUGAUGUUGCAUAUCCUAUUUACAAAUAUUUCUCCAUCUCCAUAUGGGUAUAAUCAAGACAUGAAAAUGAUGGCUAAUCUUCCUGUUUAUUCUGCGUUUGAUUUUUCUAUGCUUUUUUCUUUCCCUUUUCACAGCCAAGGAUAUGAUCUGUUAUGCCAGGAUUUGGGAUUCUCCCUAAAUCUUUCAUUUGCUACCACUGUACAGUCCUUUGGUGGCAGGUACCACCCCGAGACAGAUCAAAGCAUUCUUCCGCUUUGUUACAGCAUCAGAUUUACUGGCAGUAAUUGCUAUGCAGAGGCAUAACAUAUAUACAUCACUCACUUAGGGUAAUUUUAAUGUGUGUGUAUGUUGUGUUGUGUAUACUGGCUGGGACUUCAAAGGAUGCUAAUGACCAUUACAUUCCAUCUGAGUAAGAAUAGCUUUUGAAAUUCCCAACUUCCAUUGCUAAUAUAUAUCAAAGUUUUAUGUUGCACGGGGAAAAAUAUGUAAAAAAUGUUGACGUGUCCUACAAAAUCUGUUUAACAUUCAAGGGAUUUCUAAGUGUCUUAUGCAUGGGGUUUGCGAAUCUUCAUAUCCCACGAAACUGCCAAAUUGCAUCUUAUCUGCGUCCAACACAAAUGCCCCAUGUGCUCAAUGACAUGUGGUGAGUUGGUGCAUGGUGGCCAUAGUACCCUGAUGCAAGCAGAUGGCUACUGUUGCUAUUCUCCUGGCUAAUAAUGCUGCAUAUCAUUUACCAGAUAGCACGUGGCUGUUUGAGGUUAUGAUGUACAAGAGGUUAACACAGAUGGAAUCUACUCUGAGGGUGCAUCUACAUGUGACGCUUUAAUGCACAUUAAAAAUGAACGCACAUGUAGAUGUGUUAAAGCGCAUUAACGCGCAUUAACAUGCAUUAACGCUGUGUGUGUGGACUGACUUGGGUCUAAAGUAAAUGCACUUUAAUGCCUGCACAUGUAGACACCUGCCUAAACCCGCUUAAUGCACAUUAAGCUAAUGUGCAUUAAAUUUAGGCAUGCUUAAAUGCAUGUGUAGACAUGCCCUGAGAUCAGUUAAUAUAGAGAUAUCUCCAGAGGCUACCAGUAAAUGAGUAUGUAUGGAACUCAUGCUCUCAAAAUGAAGUAUUCUUCUUUUUAAAUAUCCCUCUUUGGUAAAAUAUCCUUUAUACAAGAAGAAUGUUGAGCAAAAGAGAGAAAUGGAAGAUACGAGGAUUAAUUCAUGAAUAUAGCUUCUCUUCAAUAUAUUUUAUCCAACCUCCCCCUCCCAACCAAAAGAUACAAUAGUCCGUAUCUUGCCUCCAAGACAUCAAUUCAAGCAUGCACCAGUUAGCUUGUUACAUUUAGAAUCAAAAUGUGCAGUAAUUACUGAAAAGACCUAAUAAACCAUUUAUCACUAAGUCAUCAAUCUACUGAACUUGUAUUAGGAACUGGUAGCCACUGACUUGUUAACUUUCAGGAAAGUCCUGGAUCUGAUGUGAAGUCUUGAAACAAGGAGCUUUGCACUGAGGCUUCUGUAGCACCGGGAUCACUGAUUAUACUGGGCAACAAAACAUGGUACCUUCCAAGUACUUCUCAAACUGCGUAGGGGGUAUUGCAGGGUGGCAUAGGACAUCCAGCAUGAAUUAGCAUAGAUCAUCACCCGUGGGCCAGGAUGAAAUCUUUGCGGACAGCACAUAUGUUAACUAUAGCUGAGUGAACAGUGUUAACAAUCUUGCUUUGAGUAAUCCUCUGGAUUCUAAAGUUAGUCCUGCUUAGGUGAUUUUCACAUUGGAGUUUUACAUAUUUGGCAAUUUUCAGCAGUGCAAAUGUUGGUAUGAAUGCUCAGCCGGGUGCCAAAAGUACAUUUUGUCUUAAAUCCUCAGUUGCAAAAUUGCUGGUGAUAAAUGAUCAACUGAAAAUAUUUACAACUGCAUCUGUCCUCUGAAAUUCAUGUUUUAAAUGACAUUGCACUUAACCUGCAUAUGUAAGGGGACUCACUUUAUAUAACUAAUUUAUGGCAACUAACCCAUCCUGCUUAUUUAAAUUAUAAUUAUAUAAAGUACAUGCUUUUCACUGUUAAUUGAGUAUUUUGUGCUCAAAGGCUGCAAUUCGAAUACUGUGAAAACCAGGUAUGAAACUCCCAAGCAGUAACAAAUGAACAGUUUUGAGAAUUUCAUUAUUAUAUGGACAACUUUCUUAAAAGAUCUAUGAGCUAGUAAAGUCUUAUUUGUGCUCUCUUGUGUGGAUUUAGGAUUAACUACCAAGUUAACAAGAGUUACACAGGCAGUUUUCAUUGGGCGCUGACAGAAAUGACAUUUGUCACUUGAUUGGCCCCUUGAAGCACUCUACAGCCGUGCCUGAACAGAAGUGCACAGCUGCAGAGCACUUUAAAAGUGGCCGAUCACAUGAUGAAUUAAUCCUCAUUACAUAAAGGUUCAGAGGAAGGUGCUCUAAAGUGGAGCACCUUAAUUUACUUCUGUGUGAUUGAGGGGGCUACAAUUCACCCACCUCCAGUUUAGUGCAGCCUGGGCAAACCCUGGCCCGGAGCUCCCUCCCCUCCAUUCUCCCCAUCCCACUAUGCAGAAAGCACUGGAGCUUGGGGGGCACAAGGGGAGAGAGGCUGCAGACAUGCAGUGCCUUCUGCAUCAGCUCCAAAGUGGCGCUUGAUCCCUUACACCCCCAGAACCAACAGCAAAUGUCACUGUAACUCAUGGUGCUUUCUGUGAAGUGCCAUGAGUUACUGCAGGGGAGCUGCACUUUUGUCAGCACCCAUUGUUUUUGUGAUCUGGGCAGCGUAAGAAUCAAAAUGUCUCUUAGAAAAUUUGUCCAUGAAGGGCAAACAAGCCUGCAGCCUGUCUGUUCAAGAGCUCUCUUUCCUCAUGUUCUAAUUUAGCAGCUACCAUAACAAAGCCUCCUCCAUCUUGGGUUAAAUAGCGUGAAUAAGGUGUUCUCUGUAACAACUCUUCUUAGGAAUGCUCUGUCUUCUCAUUGCCAGACAAUCAUAACUUAUUCUGAUCCUCUAGACCAGUGGUUUUCAACCUUUUUAGACUCAAGGUGGUCCUACUCAAGGCACCCCUAGAUAAACUUGAGGUGCCCCUUGCAAAAUGUCUGCUCUUGGUUUUCACUCUUUUUUUUCACUACAGGAAAAUAAUAGAGUGUUCGGUUUUUUUUCUGUUGCAAAGACCUCAGACCAUGAUGAUGGAUUUCUAUUUCAAAUCUCUGGGUUUAUCUUGUGAAUCACAUUUGCAAACCUAACAGAGCUAACGCUGUAUGGCAUGCCUGGUUAAGAAUCACUGCUUUGGCAUCCUCUAAAGCAGUUGUUCUCAACCUUUUUUGUACUGGGACCCAUUUGUAAACAUCGAUGGGCAGUCUCAACCCAGACUCUUGACCCAUUGCCCCCAGGCCCCCAGCAUGUGGGGUGGAGGAGAUGGGGCAGGGGGCCCCCAAAGCAGACAUUUGCAAGCUGGAACUGUUAGCCUGCAAGGGGAAACCCAUGGUUUUUCUCCUUUAAAGGAGAAUCCAUUUUUUAAAGGUUGUUCACAACCCUUUCAUGUAUUCUUGCAACCCACUUUUUGGUCACGACCUGCAGGUUGAGAAAUGCUACUCUAAAGCUUAUCAGUUUUAGCAGGCACUAGGAGAUGCCAAAGACAGCCGAAGCAGAGAUUUGUCCAUAGGAAACUCAGUGGGGACGUAAAGCUUAAUUGAACGUACAGUGGUUGGUUACCAAGUGGCUAACACAAUUGUCUGCAAAAGCUGACUUCACAGAAAUUCCUCCAGGGCCUAAUUUUAUGUCUUGUACUGACUCCCAAGCAAAACAGAAAAGAUUUUCAGCACAGGUAAGAAAAACAAGUAUGGUUCUACUUUGUUGCUCUUUUUUGUCAUUAUGUUUGUGGGGCUUUUAUGCACCUAGAGCGGUGCCUUUUGGUAUUGGGAACUGGUGUAUGAUCCGAAUCUGAGCAAACAGACGUGCUGCUGCGUAGUAAGCUGAGAUCGGAAACCAGAGUGGGAUCACAAGCCUUUUGCUUUGUGUCUGCAUGCCUAAUGUUACUAGUGCCGUAGGAGGCUGGAAAGAUGAUUUGACCUAAUGCAGCAGUGGCCAACAUCAAACUAAAUUGUGCAAGUGAUGUUUUGAAAGGGCUUGCUUCCAAAACAAGGGUGGCACCCAUUCUACAUCUGACCUAUAAUCUUCUUUCAAAGUUAACACCCACAUGUCCUAUGAAUUAAUUUGCUAAGAGCUACUCAGGGGAAAUUUUUUUUAACCUGAAUGACCCUCCUUUAACUUACUAAUGACUUUUUCCUCUUCUUUAGUCUUUGUUGUGAACAUGUUUUGAACUUCCUCCAUGGUCUAUUUUUGUUCCCGGUACAGUUCUUCAGUGAGUUUAUCUGACUGGCUAUUAAACCCCCAGUCUAAUGAAUGACAGGCUUGUCAAGUGAACGUGACUGAAGAGCUGUUGAAGAUGCCUGGGAAGUUUUAUCCCUAAACAGAGAUGGCAUUGAUCAUAUCGCUAUAUAACCCACAGAGAGAGAGCUGCAAUGCUUACUGCACAGCUCCCCACUUCAUCUUCAAAGAAGUCACCAUGAGCAGGCCGGGGAGGUUGACAAGAUCCAUCAAUAGACAAAGAGGCUUCAGUUCAGCUUCUGAUGUCUGUGGCGUAGAGAGACGUGGAGCCUAUAAAGCCUCUCCGUGCCCACCUGUUGGAAUAUGUGAAGUGGGUGACUACAGCAGCAGGAGUGCCUGUACCCUGGGUGGAAUGAGAAGACUUCCCCAUGGGACUGGAUAUCUCAGCGAGGGCUACAGUGCCGGAGGCCACAGGGGGGCAGGUUACAGAGGUGUUGGCUCUGGACGAUUUGGAAGAGUUAACAGCAGGGUAGACGUUUGUGGCCAUAGAGGUUAUGGCACUGUUCAAGGUUAUGGUACUCUGGGAGGCUACACUGCUUGCAAGCGUGAUGGUAUCCAAAGGGUCUGCAUUAACAAGAGUCUUCUAACGCCCCUGUGCGUGGGAGUUGAUCCACAGGAACAUCAGGUCCGAUCCCAGGAGAAGGAGCAGAUGAAAUGCCUCAACAACCAGUUUGCCUGCUUCAUUGACAAGGUGCAAUGUCUGGAGCAGCAGAACAAGGCGCUGGAGACCAAGUGGAAUCUCUUGCAGCAGCACACAAUGCCAGCCGCCAGGAAAACUCUUGAGGCGUACUUUGAGAAUUACAUCUGUAAGCUGAAGAAGCAGCUGGAGUGUUUGCUGGGUGAAAGGGAACAGCUAUCCAACAAAGAGUGUGUGGCAAAGAAGCUUGUUGAUGAGUUUAGGUGCAAAUAUGAAGAGGUAAUUAAUAAGCGGAUGACUGCAGAACAUGGGUUUGUGUUGGCCAAGAAGGAUGUGGACUAUGCCUUUUUGAACACGGAAGAGCAAGAGGUGAAGGUGGAUUUGUUGAAAAGUCAGCUGGAAUUGCUGAACCAUGUGUUUACAGAGGAACGAGCUCAGAUGGACUGCCAACUCUGUGACACCUCUGUCAUGGUGAAAAUGGACAACCGCCGAGACCUGGACAUGGAGAACAUCAUCAAGAAUGUCGAAUGCUGCUACAAAGAAAUAGCUCAGAAGAGCAAAGAAGAAGUGGACGCUCUGUACCAAACCAGGUUCCAGGAACUUCAGGAGCAAAGGGGCAGAUUCUGUGAUGAUCUGGAGAGCAACAAGGGGGAGAUUGCACAGCUGACCCAACUGAUUCAGGAGCUGCAAUGUGAGCUUGACAAUGUGAAGAAGCAGAUUGGCUGCCUACAGACAGAUAUUCGUGAUGCUGAGCAGCAUGGGGACUUCACCCUGCAAGACGGCCGGGCUAAACAUGUGGAGUUGCAGAAUGCCCUGCAGAAGGCCAAGGACGAAUUGGCAAGCAUGCUGCGGGAUUACCAGGAGCUGCUGAAUGUCAAGCUGGCCCUGGAUAUUGAGAUUGCAACGUAUAAGACAUUGCUGGAGGGAGAAGAAAGCAGGAUCUGUUCAGGCACCCCUGUGACUGUAGCUGUGGUCACCAGCUCCUGUGAUAUAGCCGAACAUUUUGAGUCAGCCGCUGGAAUCGGAGGUCCUAGAAGGGGAUUGAGCUCCAGAAGCACAGGGGUCCAACCCAGAAGAAGAGCGAGCUCUGUGGUGAGGCCACGCGUCCAGGAAGGUGUAGGCUGCUUUCCAUACGCAGGGCUCAGCUCCCGAAGUGAUGGAUUUAGCUCUCAAAGCUGGGGUUACCAAUCCAGGACAGUGGCGAGCACUGCAGGAGGCCCAGGUUUUUGUGGAGGUGUAGCUUGUUGCCCCAAGGGUGGACCUGUCCCCAAAAAGGGGGAAGUUAGUUCUCAUAUUGCAGUAUGCCAGCCUGGAAGCACGGCCAACUUUGGUCCUGGAGGAUGCGUUGUGAGACAUUUAGGGAGCUCUCCAAUUGUUGGUGAAGCUUGCCUUGGGGUUGGAGGAUGCGACACUGGAGUCGUGAAGCCGUAGCAGCCUUUUAGGCAUCCUGUAUGCUACUCGGCCACGUUCCCAUGGCCUGUUAAUGGUCUCAUUUGCCCUCUGGGUUUCUUGAGACUGACAGCUCUAUAAAUCACAAGGGAACUUACCAUAUUUUCUCAUAUACAAUCCACCCUAGAAUAUGAUACACACCAGGCAUGCCUACACGUGAUGCUACAUUGUCGUAGCGAUACACUAUGGUGAUGUGGUAUCCACAGGUGUCUACACGUGACCAGCAGCUACUUCGCCGUAGCAGCGUGCUCCCCCGUUAUAGCGCACCGCUAUGGCAAAGUAGCUGCUAAAAAUAACUAUGCACAGUGCGUAUGGCGCAGUACAUGUGCUUCCUCCAAAAGGAAGUCCUAAAGCACGGUGCCGUAACAACAUCACCAUAGGGCAAUGUGUUGACAUGCCCACCUUGUUUUGAAAGGCAGGAUAAAGAAAAAAUAUCCUUCCUUGCAGGAAGUAACUGAAUAGCAGCAGCUAGGGAGCCAAGCCUGCUCAGUGGUCUGCUGCCUGGGGAGUGCAUGCAGACUUCACUUUCACCCAGCAAAGGCUGAUCUUACUGUGUUUCCUUGCAUAUAUGCAUACACCGAUUUCCAAUUUGGGGGGAGAAAAAAAUUGCAUGUUGUCUGGGUGAAAAGAUGGUAUUUUUUGCUACGUCCCUUUCCAAAGAGUUUCCAAAAAAGAAGCAGUGAUUUAAUUUUCCCUGAGGGCAUUGCCAAGGGCAACACUUGAUUCUAGAGCUGUUUGGCUGUGUUUCCCAAAAAGCUGCUCCAAAUGUUCGUCAAAGAAAUGUCAAUUUUCCAAGCGUGUUUGGUUAGCACUUUAACCCCAUGCACUGAAUAUCACUUGCCGAUGAAUACAUGCCACUCUGUUGCACAGGAAAACCUGACUUCUCCAUGAGCACCAUUUUCAGAUGUGCUCAGCACUUACGAAGGCAAUCAAAGCCACUGUGACUUAUUGGUGCAAAAUAUCACUGAAUCGUCUAUCCUGUUGGAUUUGCACACACUUUGCCUUUACUAAUGGUCACGACCUCUCAUCUUCCCACUGGACCAUCAAUAAACUCAGUGAAUUCAUGUUUUA